GUGACAGUCCUAUCGGAACCGCUUCCUGGUCAUACUCGUACCAACUCUUCAUUCCGUCCAUAGGGACGGUUUCGCUGGGGCUUUAUGAUAUAUUGUCCAUUCUUUGGCCUUUCUACCUCCUGCAGUGCUGCUGCUAUACCUGCCUAACCUUGUAUUAUUAUACCAUUCCCUAUACUACUGCAGCGAAGGGCCAAUUGCUUGCAAACUCUCCUCACAUACGCGGAUAAAAGUACACUUUUACACACAAACACACAACCACCCACCCACCCACCGACCAACUUCAAGCCGACGUCGACAUGGUGGGCAAGAAGAGUGGCCGCGCUCUGCUGCGCGACGAAGGGUUGCAGCGCACGGACAACAAUAUGGACUUCACGACGUGGCCGCAGGUCAGCAUGAUUAACCAGAAAAACUACUACACUGACUUCCUGAAACGCGAUGACCAAACCCUGGCCCUGCGACUGCAACAAGAAGAACGACUGGACCGCCGGAAGAGAGCUGCUGUCGACCUCGAUAGAGCUCGCGCGCAGAACGGCCAGGAAGGCGCGUACCCGCCCGAGGUGAAUGACGAUUAUCUCGACAACGAGGUCGGCCUGGUCGACGAACUAGGUGAAAACUAUGGCUCCAAGACCAUUGUUGUCCAUGUCGGCAGCCAGAAUAUGCGCAUUGGUUUCGCCACCGACGCAUUGCCCAAGACCAUCCCCAUGGUGAUCGCGAGGAAGGCGCAGAGCACCGAGUCUGAGACCUCGGAGCCUACACCAAAGCGCCUCAAGCUCGACAACGACAUGCCGUCUGAGGAGUGGUUUGGAGAAGAGUUUGCAAAAGAGUACGACAGCAUGGCAGCAGGCUUCAAGCAGUUCAGGAGGCAGAACAAGCGACGAGUGCUUCCAAACUCCCGCGAGCUGGUGACCAAAUGGAACAGUGCCACUCCGCCCGAGAUCAUCUCGGAACACAAUGACCCGGUACAGCUGGACUGGACAGAGCUGCCAGCAGACCCAGCAAAGGCACCGGACUACAUCAUCGGAGCACCUGCUCUGCGUAUACCUGAGGAUUCCAGACCGAAGUACCACCUCAGUUGGCCAGUACGACAAGGAUAUCUGAACGAGAAGGACUACUACAGCCGGAGCAAGUUGCAGAGGGACUUCUUUCUGAUCAUUGAAGACAGCAUCAAAACACAGCUGGACCUUCCUCAUAAGCGGGACUGGAACCAAUACAGCUGUGUCUUUCUCAUACCCGACUUGUACGAAAAGGUGUUUGUCACUACAGUCCUCCAAGAGCUCAUGACGGACUUUGGCUUUGCUCGCGUGUGUUUUAUGCAGGAAUCACUAGCAGCCACGUUCGGCGCCGGCUUCAGUACAGCAUGCAUGGUUGAUAUGGGUGCACAAAAGACCACAGUUUGCUGCGUUGAGGAUGGCAUGUGUAUCGAGCCAUCCCGCGUGAAUCUCAAAUAUGGUGGAUUCGACGUGACUGAGACUUUUGUCAGAAUGAUGCUGUUCGACAAGUUUCAUUACAGCGACUUUAACCUCAUGCGCCGACACGAUUUCCUCCUUGCAGAGGAGCUCAAAGAGAAGUACACGACGAUGAGCGACGAGAACAUCAGCGUGCAGCUCUACGACUUUCACUUACGUGCACAUGGUCAGCCCACGCGCAAGUACCAGUUCAAGCUAUAUGACGAAGGAGUGCUCGCACCCAUGGGCUUUUUCAGACCAACCAUCUUCGACAACUCGGAUAAGCUUGCUGGACGUCGAACAUUAAUCCCGGCGUCAGCAGAUAUUUACGAUCAGAAACCAAAUGACCCAGACUCUGAGGCACAGAAGGAAGUGCGCAAAUAUGCCAGCGCCAACAUCCCCUCUACAAUAUUGCCCGCGCCAAGCGAGCCCACGCGCAUGAUGGGUACUCCCAUGGCAGCGGCGACGCCACAGAAGCAGCGACCGCUAGGUCUGCCAAGCUACCUAAAUGGUGAAGUGGAUGGCACACCACGGUCAUCGGUGGCAGGAACACCGCCUCCAGAAGGCACCCCAAUGCCAAUGCCACCUGAAGAUGUGGACAUCACAAUGGGUGAUGGUAUGAACGAUGGCAUCGCAGCUCCGGCAGAUGACGAGACGAAAGAUCGCGUGAUACCUAUCAUGCCGCUAGACGAAGCCAUUCUGCGAUCCAUCGACCACGCCAGCCAUUUGUCUAAUGGGCAGAUAGACGAGCGUCGCAAGCGUGACUUCCUCGGUAGCAUCAUGCUCAUCGGAGGUGCAUCGAAGACACCCUACCUGCAGGCUUACCUGGAGCAACAACUACGGAAUAGAAUGCCUCAGUAUCCCAAGGAGAUUCUCGUGGCUCCACCACCCCGCGAUCUCGACCCGUCCGUGAUCGCCUGGAAGGGAGCUAGUGUAUUCGGCAAAUUGCGAAUGACCAACGACAGCUGGAUAUUUCCCAUCGAGUACGACAGACUCGGUGCGAGAAUCUUGAAUUACAAGUGUAUGUGGCAUUGGUGAAGAAGCUUUUGAGCAUGUCGUGGCUUGAAUGCGCCAGCGCCGUGUUCUUGCUGCAAGCCUCCAAAAAAAAGUAUCAUCAUGAUCAUCAGUAGUAUAUACAUAAUAUAAACAGAAAUGUCAC